AUGCCCAUCCCCGAGUCCGAAUAUCUCAGCCCCGUCUGGAAGGACGGACUGUUCAGUGCGUUCCAGAUGAACCCCCGCUUCAUCCCUAUUUCUACGGCUGAUACUAACCGUCAUUCGGCAGACAACCGCGUCGUCUUCGUCACCGGUGGCGCCGGCACGAUAUGCAGUGCCCAGACGAGAGCUCUCGUGCGCCUAGGCGCUGAUGCCUGCAUCAUCGGCAGGAACGUCGAAAAGACGGAAAAGGCCGCCGCAGACAUUGCCACGGCACGGAAGGGCGCUAGGGUUAUCGGUAUUGGCGGUUGCGACGUGCGAAGCUACGAGAGUCUUGCUGGUGCGGUAGACCGCUGCGUCAAGGAGCUAGGAGGCAUCGACUUUGUGAUUGCCGGAGCGGCCGGAAACUUUGUGGUACCCCUCGCGGGAAUGAGCCCCAAUGCCUUCAAGGCCGUCAUCGACAUCGACGUAGUCGGCACCUUCAACACCGUCAAGGCCACCAUCCCCCACCUCGUCGAGUCCGCUAAGCGCAACCCCCACCCCAGCAAGGACGCCACCACCGGCGGCCGCAUCCUCGCCGUCUCCGCCACCUUCCACUACACCGGCAUGCCGCUGCAGGCCCACGUCGCCGCCGCCAAGGCCGGCGUCGACUCCCUCAUGACCUCGGUCGCCCUCGAGUACGGGCCCUUUGGCCUCACCAGCAACGUCAUCGCGCCCGGCCCCAUCGCCAACACCGAGGGCAUGGCCCGCCUCAGCGGCGACUCCGAGGCCGCCAUCGGCCGCCGCGUUCCUGCUGGCCGGCUCGGCACCGUUAGGGAUAUCGCCGACUCGACCGUCUACCUGUUUAGCGACGCUGGCUCCUACGUCAAUGGCCAUGUGCUCGUCGCCGAUGGCGCGUCGUGGAGGAUGGGCGGCUCCGUCGGCGUUGGCAUCGAGAGCGGCAUGCAGUACCCCGACUUCCUCUUCUCCGGCCAGAUCGCCAAGGGUCUCGCCGGCAAAAGAAGGACUCUGGCUCUAAGCUCAACCUCUGCCGAGAAUGUCUCUCAUAUCGAGUCUUGCGGAGGGCUGCAUGUCACCUAG